AUGGGUACACGCUGCGACACCACUGUGGAACCGAGCAACCUGGUCAGCAGACUUCGGCUCUACAUGAGCAAAUUGGCACCUCAACCAACGACGUGGCAUACCAGCUCAAGCAAGCCAUUUUAUGUGCCUAAGGACUUGGAGACGACAACACACGUCUUCGUUCGCCAGGGUCCAGCACGGAGACCCUUGCAGGCAGCUUACAUGGGACUGUACAAAGUUAUACGACGUGGUCCCAAGACAUUUGAUGUCGACAUAGCGGGCAAGACGCAGACAAUCACCAUAGACCGCAUAAAAUCCGCAUACGUUGCUCAGGAAGAACCCUCGCCUCCUAAUCGUUAG